AUGGCCGACCCAACUCUACAGACGGUGCCCAAUGGCUCGUCCACAAUUGAUCCUUCCUCCCACGCCCAAUCCUCUGCAUCGUCGUUCAAGUCGACAUCCUCACAAUUAGCUCCUACGGAGACACCAGCGAGCAGCUCACAAGCUACACAAGCAACCACCGUAGCGGAAGAAACGGAAGAAUGGCAAGCACCAAAGACUGGUGCGCUCACAACACCCAUCACCCGGCCCAUGAAAGCCAGCAAACCAAAGGACCCCGCAGCCCUGACACCUGAACAAGAGACAAAGUACGCUACAGUCCUAGCAGCUGUAUCUCAAUGGUCGUCCCUGCCUUCCACGACACUAAAGGGCGCUGCAUCAGCACCCGUUCAAGACCAUGAGCGCAUGUGGCUCACCCGAGAGUGCCUCCUCCGCUACCUUCGCGCAACCAAAUGGCAAACACCAGCCGCGCUCAAAAGGCUUCAGUCCACCCUGUCCUGGCGACGCGAGUACGGCGCCGACACCUUCACAGCCGACUACAUCUCCCCCGAGAACGAGACAGGGAAGCAGCUUGUGCUUGGAUAUGAUAACGAAUGCCGACCGUGUCUGUAUCUGAGCCCAGCCAAGCAGAACACCAAGAUGUCAGACCGCCAGAUCCACCAUCUCUGCUACAUGCUCGACCGCACAAUCGACAUGCUGCCACCUGGGCAGGAAUCAGCAUGUCUACUCAUCUCCUUCAAAGGUUCAGGAAACAGCCAUGUUCCCACAGUAGCCCAAGCCCGCAGCGUCCUCAAUAUCCUGCAAAACCACAGCCCCGAACGACUAGGCAAAGCACUGAUCUCCGACCUCCCUUGGUACGUGACCACAUUCUUCAAGCUCAUAUCUCCAUUCAUCGAUCCCGUGACGAGGGACAAGAUGCGAUUCAACGAGCCACAGAGGAAUUACAUCCCACCUGUUCAAUUAUGGAAGACGCAUGGUGGUGAUCUGGAGUUCGAGUACAAGCACGACGAUUACUGGCCGUUCCUCACAGGCGAGUGCGAUAAGCGGAGGAGAGAGAACAGGGCGAGGUGGGAGAAAGGCGGGAAGAUGAUUGCGCAGGUCAUCAAGGACGCGGGCGGCGAGGCGGAUCUGGAUGCGGUGUCUGGUGAAAAUGGGGAGGUGAAGAGUGAUGCGGAUUUGGCGGCAGCUGGAGUGGCGAAGCUGAGUGUUUAG